UGGUUGCCAACUUCCCCUUCAAGGCAUAAGAAGAUUCAAGACAUUCGUAGGCAGAGGAGUGACAGGACAUGAGUUCCAAACAGCAGUUUGUCAAACUAAACGAUGGCCACUUCAUUCCUGCCCUGGGUUUUGGCACUUAUAAACCUCAAGAGGUUCCUAUAAGCAAGUCACUGGAGGCUGCCAACCUAGCUAUAGGUGCUGGGCUCCGCCAUAUUGAUACUGCUUAUAUAUAUCACGUGGAAGAGGAGAUAGGGCAGGCCAUUCAAAGCAAGAUUAAAGCUGGCGUUGUAAAGAGAGAAGACUUGUUCAUCACUACAAAGCUUUGGUGUACUUGCUUUCGGCCAGAGCUGGUCCGGCCUAGUUUGGAAAAAUCACUAAAAAGACUUCAACUGGACUAUGUUGAUCUUUACCUUAUACAUUACCCAGUACCAUUGAAGCCAGGGGAUAAUGAUUUUCCAGUAGAUGAACAAGGGAAAUUACUAUUGGACACGGUGGAUUUCUGUGCCACAUGGGAGGCACUGGAGAAGUGUAAGGAUGCAGGAUUGGUCAAGUCUAUUGGAGUGUCCAACUUUAACCACAAGCAGUUAGAGAGAAUCCUGAAUAAGCCAGGGCUUAAGUACAAGCCUGUCUGCAAUCAGGUUGAAUGUCAUAUUUAUUUAAAUCAGAGUAAGCUACUGGAUUACUGCAAAUCAAAAGACAUUGUUCUGGUUGCUUUUGGUGCCCUGGGAACCCAACGAUAUAAGGAAUGGGUGGAUCAGAACUCUCCAGUUCUCUUGCACGAUCCAGUUCUUUGUGAUGUGGCCAAAAAGAACAAUCGAAGUCCCGCCCUGAUUGCUCUUCGAUACCUUCUUCAGCGUGGGGUUGUGCCCCUGGCCCAGAGUUUCAAAGAAAAUGAGAUGAAAGAGAAUUUGCAGGUUUUUGAAUUCCAGUUGUCUCCUGAGGAUAUGAAAACCCUAGAUGGCCUGAACAAAAAUUUUCGAUAUAUUUCAACUGAGUCUUUUUCUGACCACCCUGAAUAUCCAUAUUCUGAGGAAUAUUAAUAUGGAGACCUAGUCAUGACUGCCUGAAGUUAUUGUGUGUGGACAGUAAUAUUGGUGAUAUGAUUCAGAUGCUGUUUGGUGGAUGCCUCAUUUCCGGUCAACCUAGGCUGCUUGGUAACAGUCACAUUCAACUGAAGCUCCAGCUAAUGAUCUUGAAGAAAGGGAAUUUAAUUUUCAUUGAAAUAAAUAUAAUGUUUUCUCCUCAAAAGAUACUUUAAAAAAUGAGAUAUUAUGACACAAAGCUGGUUUUGUUGGAAGUCUGUGGUUGGUGUUUGGAGAUGAUGAUUUGUAUUUUACAAACAUUUCAGACUUGGGGUAGGUGGUGUUUCCAGACCAGAGAAUGACUCUUAGUAGUUGUCUAUGAGUCAGUGGUCCUUUAGACCUGAGUCAACAAGAAAACCCUGCACACAUUCUGUGAUUCUCAAUCAGGAACAUGAGACACACAUGUGAAGGUUGUCCGACAAUUCUCAGGCUCUCUCUACCUGCUUAGCGUUAAAGUAUUGGAACUGGUGAGUGGGGCAUUCCUGAGAUAGGUUAAAGAGGUGACAUGAGAAUCAGCCUCGUAGGAUCACUAAAAGUCAGGAUGGGAGACUUCAAGAGGAGGGAGUUGACCAUAACUCUACCUAGAAAUGACGCCAAGGUUGGAUUUUUUCCUAGUUUUAUUUUUUUCUUCUUUUCUUUUUUUUAAAAAGAUAAUUACAUCUUACAGACAAAAGGAGAUUUUCACAUAUUUAGUUCAAUGACACAUCAGAGAGUUAUUCCUAGCAUUAUGUUUUAAAGGAAACAAAAAACAAAACCAACUUUAAUUUUAAUAAAUAUAAAAUACUUUUAAGAUUUAUGGUGCAUUGAUGGAAUGUGGUCUAUGAAUUCCUCAAAAUUUAGAGUGUAACAAUGUCAAAAACAAUGUUAGACUAGGAAGCCUCAGGUUUUCCCAUGAAUACAUCUGAAAUACUAUGUAACACAGGCUAAUUGACAUAGUCUUUGGUAAGUAGAAACCAAGUAAAGAGGCAACUAUUAGUAACAACAGGAUACCCCAAUAGGUAGUUUUAUUAUUCUUUAUAUCCCACACUGAGAAGAUAUGCCUGCUUGGUACCAUGUGAUCUUGGAAUAUAGGUAGUAUCAACAGUCCCCAUAUAAUUUUUCUUCAAUGAAGUUAUAUUAACGAUCUUAUAAGUUUCAACAUACCAAAUCUGUACUUCCCGUACCAGUUUUAAUUUUCUUAAUACUUCCAUUCUCACAGUCUAACUUCAUAAAUAGUGGUUGACAUUAAAUAGCAAAUCUAGGUUUGUGGUGCUUUCUUUAGGAAUUUUACAAAUUAUUUCCCACAGAAUUUUUAUGUACCACAGAAAAUAUUUUUUUUCCUUGCAUUUGAAUAAUUGAUUAAAGUGACAACCAAAGGCUUUUUCUCAGGGCUUGCAAAAUUGAUCAGGAAUAUAAUAUUUUAAGGGAGAAUUGAACACAUUUUAAUAUACCAUUAUCUUUUCUGUAUUAAAUAUUAUUUAAUGUUGCUCAAUAUAAUUUUUUAAAAAUAAAAUAAUUUUUAUUUUAUGUGUAA